CUACGCCGAACCUGACCGAGCCUGAACCAAGCUGAGCCGAGCACAACCGAGCCAUUCCGAGCGGAUGGCCUCGGCAGGAUUCGGCGUGUAAACCGAAGAUCCACGAUCGCGAUCUCGAAUUUUUCGUCGACCUCCCGAAAGUGGCCGAAAGUCGCGCGAAUCCUCCGCCAUCGUUCACCACUGUCGCGGCACUCGCGGCCGCUUAGGCGGCUUAGGUUCCAUGAAACGUCACGAUUACUGUGACGGGACUACAGUGGCUGGGAAGGACGUGCAUACAUAUGUUUAUGAACGUUCUAAUGUUGGUACUAUCUGUCGCUACACGCGAGAGAAUACGAGGCGACGAUCUUCGCCGGUCACUGUCGUUUAUUGAUUUCCUGGCUUUAUAGAGAUAUAUAUUUCUCGCAUAAAUACCGCGAGAUACGAUGUGCCGGCGUGAUUGAACAGGUACUUGUCGCUCGAGGACUCUCGUUUUGAUGGAGUCCGCAGAAAGUUCUUUGCGCGAGAAAAGGAAGACAGGAAAGGCAGGAUUGUUUUUCGUGCGAAAACUGCUUGGAGCAAAAGAAUGAAAUGCCAUUAGAAAAAAAAAGAAAAAAGAACCGAGAAAAUAAUUCGUCAAGCCCGAACAUAAAUUUAUGAAUGAACAGGUUUCAAAUGAUUAUACGCUUCCGCGAUUUUUGUGGGGAUGUGACGUACUUCGCGGAAUUGAAAUAAUUGAAUUCCAUCGCGUGGAUUGACGAUAAAAGCCCAUGUGCUUUUUUAUAUUUAGAGAUGGCUGACGCGGAUCCACAAUUUAAACGCCUUUUACUGCCAGCAGAGGAAACUCUAUUUGAACAGUUGCUGAGAUUCGGCCUUUAUGUAGGUGCAGUAUUCCAAAUCAUGUGCUUGUUAGCUAUAGUCGUGUAUCAGGCUGGUCCAUCCGACGGUGUGGCAGCUCUAAAGGAUGACCCAAGUGAUGUUGAAUGUUCCGAAAACAGUCCUCAAGUGACACCAAGAAGACCUCAUCGGCCACGGAAGCAGGAAAAAAAGAAAAGGCGUUGAAUUGUUUACAUUUCCUGUGACAUUACUUUGAUAUUAAUCUCAUAAUCUUACAUCAGAUGUUUUCCAUUUGGUGACACAAGUUUUGUCUCUAUUACUCAUGAAACGUAAAAAAAAAUAGGACGACAUUUGUAUCGACUAUAUUCAUUAAAUG